GUGAGGCACAGGAACUAAAGACAAGUUUGCCAGGUGUUGUUAAGAGCUGGUUGGGUGAAUACCUUCCUAUUUCUCCCUUUUCUCGCAUUUCUUCAAGGUCUUUAAGGCAAAUAACUCACCUUAUAUGUGACAUAAAAAAGUAAAGCACGACGAUGUCACUAUACGGAGAAAACGUCCGCUCGCCUCUGGAGCAGGUGUGGCGACAGUUUAUACCUCAGGGUUAUGACCAGGCCCUCCGCAACGCCUUUUACAACGUGGCUGCCAUCGUCUUUGUUGGGUGUGUCGCUGCGGCAGCCUGGUCCGUCUACAUGAUCUUUCAGCCCUUCGUACAGCCACUCUUGUGGGCCGUUCUGUGUGGGUCAUUGCUUCAUCCGGCCAAACACGCCUUCACCACGUGGACGCGGGCCUGGUUGUCGGAGGUACAGGGAGCUCACAGCCUCCUUUCAGUCUCUGUUGCACUUCUGCCGCUGCGUCUCCUUGACACCAUAUCAGAGAUCGUUGGCAGGUUUGUGGUGCAACAUGUGCGCAGUGUGGUGACAGUGACAGUGAUCCUGCCUGUGGUGUAUAUCAUCAUCCAUCACACCCCAGAGUUUCUCACCAGCUUGGCCUACACCAUAUUCUCUUACCUCUUCUCAAUCAUCGCUGUUCUCGUCUCCACCGUCACCACUAAUGGAUACAUUGCAUUGGCACUGGUGGUGGGCUACCUAGGAGCUGUUUUGUUCUGCUGGUCGGGGAAGACUUCAGACGUGCUGACGCGCCUCAGUCUUGGUGUCUGGCUCAUUGCAGCAGCUGGACUGUCAGGACUGUGGGCGGCAGGAAGUGUGCCCAUCUUCCUUAUCCUGUGUCUCCUGCUGGCUGCUGGUCUCUGUACUGAGGUCCUUGACGUACAUGCUGCCUUGAAAGCAUCCAAAGGGGAGGAAGCAAGCCUCAUACAGUCAGCCAUGUUGGUGUGUGUGGGCAGCCAAGAUCCACCUGAGCCAACACCCUCGUUGUCUGUGACGGAGAAAGCUGUUGUUGAGGAGAAAAGCGCUUCAUUGACACCUGUAGCAGAGGAAGAAACAGUCGAGGAUGUAGGGGAACACUCCUCAAACAGUCAACUGUCAACCAUACCAGAAGGGUCUCCAACUUCUUCCUCGGUAGAACAAGAUGCUGUAAGUUUAAAUGCUGAUACAGUGAUUAGUCAGGAUAAAGACGACAAACAAAAUGCCUCGGACUCCAGUGGGACGACGCAGGAGGGAGUGGGGAAAGAGGAGCCAACGCCAACAAUCAACGCCCCACAACAAGAGGGAGACAAGCAGCAGGUGUCUGCAGGUGACCCAUACUGCACCCCAAUGGUUGACACCCUCGGCCUCAAGUCCUCCUCAGCCCCAACGUUCCGUCUCAAGCCACGCCUUCCCACAGCCUCGAGAUCCAGACAUGAGCACCUCGAGAAUAAAUGA